CAUGUGGUUUUGGUGAUUUAGCUUUUCGCCACACAGACCUGACUGGCAAAGGGUGCUGGGAAUUAGAUAAAGCAUAAUUAAUACCCUGAUCGGGAAGGGCAUUGUUUGUAUUGUUACGGUUUAAGCGCAGGGAAGCCAGUCCUUGUUAUAGUCUGCGACAGAUAAUGGAGCAGCUGUAAUUCAGAGCUGAAGACCUGGCAGGGAGCGGCAGAGCUGUGCAGCCUAUUUACAAACUGGGAACUGUACUACUUUACAAGGGCCCUUUAAAAAGAAAAUCUGUAAGGAAAGGGGGGAAAGAAAAUUGCGUGUGUGGACAUGAGAUGCAGAGAGUACUCUAUACUCUGCUGGGGGUUUAACAUUGCUUUUCAAGGCAAUUGUAUGGAUUAGAGCUACAGUGCAUACUUUCUUAAGGGUUGUAUGUCUCAUAUUAACAGUACAAAAGAGUAGCAUUAGAACUACCCAGUAGUGAAAAAAAGAACAGAUUUGACGUGGUAAAAAAAAGAGAGAGAGGAAAAACCACUAAUCAGUCCAGAGUAUGAGGGGAGAGCUCCGGACAGUUCUACUGGAGACAUCAAAGAGGGGAGGUGAAUACUGCUGCCGUCCUGCUGCUGCUGCUGUCUUCUUGUCCUCCUGUUAAUGGGCAGGUGCUAAGCCAGGAUACAGUGCCAUGUGGGGUCUCUUGCUGCCUGUACUGACAACAGGGAAGACAAUGGGCUUCAGAACGUUGACACAGGGGCAAUGAGGUGUCUCCCCCAUGGUAACACAGGCUUCUGCUUGAGCCUGGCAUAGGAAGGUUCUUCAGAAGUUGAUGAUAUGUUUGUAAACCGACUGUGUCUUUUUUGAUUUUACCACAUACAAUGUUGAAGCUGAAAGCCUUCUGUUUGGAUUACUGGCAGUUCUGGUGUCUACAGCCUCUCAGUGGCUUUUAUAAAAGCGUGGAGGGUGACACUCCAGCCAGCGAGACUGGCACUUUCCUGGACAGCCCUUCAAGCUACGGUAGAGGACCCGUGACCCAUACUUCUGCUCUUAGUCCUGACCACUUUGAUCACCCCCUGUAUGGACAUUCCACAUCUCUAGGGCAACAGCGCCCACGGCGACCUAAGCUGCAACACUCUACUUCUAUACUGCGCAAGCAAGCAGAGGAAGAAGCAAUCAAGCGUUCUAGAUCCUUGUCAGAGAGCUAUGAACUCUCCACAGAUCUACAGGACAAGCAGGUGGAGAUGCUAGAACGUAAAUAUGGGGGUCGUUUUAUAACUAGACAUGCAGCUCGCACCAUUCAGACGGCAUUCCGCCAAUAUCAGAUGAACAAAAAUUUUGAACGACUGAGGAGUUCUAUGUCCGAAAAUCGCAUGUCCAGACGCAUUGUCCUGUCCAAUAUGAGAAUGCAGUUUUCCUUUGAAGGGCCUGAAAAAGUCCACAGCUCUUACUUUGAGGGCAAGCAGGUCUCUCUAACUGACGAUGGCACCAAGAUAGGCGCGAUCGUCCAGUCCGACUGUGGUGACCUGGGAGGUCCAGCCAGUGUGAAGUCGCCAGCCGCACAGAACGAUUUCACGGAUGCAAUUACAGAGCUGGAGGAUGCUUUCUCGAGGCAAGUCAAAUCCCUGGCAGAGUCUAUCGACGAUGCCCUGAACUGUCGUAGCUUGCAGCCGGAGGAGGGUCAGCCUGAUCAAGGCAGAGGUCAUCCCAACACGGAGAGAGAAGUUACCUACCAGUUGAAACCGUCACACAGUGUGGAUCACCGCAAGCUGGAUGAGAUGACAGCGUCGUACAGUGACGUGACUUUAUAUAUCGACGAGGAAGAGCUCUCCCCGCCUCUUCCUUUGUCUCCUUCUGUAGACCGGACCUCCAGCACGGAAUCCGACUUGAGGCUUAGAUCUGCUAACUCUUCGCAGGAGUAUUGGUCUAUGACCCACAAGGACGAUAAGGUAGAUACUGAUACAAGCUGCCGAAGCACACCCUCACUGGAGUGCCAGGAACAAAGACUAAGAAUAGACCAUCUACCUUUACUCACCAUAGAGCCGCCCAGUGACAGCUCUGUGGACCUCAGUGACCGAUCGGAUAGAGGGUCACUAACGAGGCAAAACGCCUACGAUCGGGGGGUCGCGAGUCAGCAAGGAAGCCCGAAACACAUCUCUCAUGGGAUUCCUCCAAGAGGCCCUUCUCGAGAAGAAGAGCAAGCAAGGCCCAGGCCCAGGCAGCUGGAUAGCCACUUGGCCAUCAACGGCACUGCCAACAGGCAAAGCAAAUCAGAGUCGGACUUCUCCGACGGGGACAAUGACAGUAUUAAUAGCACUUCUAACUCGAAUGAUACAAUUAACUGCAGCUCGGAGUCAUCAUCCAGAGACAGCUUGAGAGAGCAGACACUGAGCAAGCAGACUUAUCACAAGGAAACCCGCAAUAGCUGGGACUCGCCUGCCUUCAGCAAUGACCUCAUCAGGAAGAGGCAUUACAGGAUUGGAUUAAACCUAUUUAACAAGAAGCCAGAGAAGGGGACCCAGUACCUGAUCGAGCGAGGGUUCGUUCCUGACACGCCUGUGGGUGUGGCCCACUUUCUGCUCCAGAGGAAGGGCCUGAGCAGGCAGAUGAUUGGAGAGUUUCUGGGGAAUCGGCAGAAACAGUUCAACAGGGAUGUCCUAGACUGUGUGGUGGAUGAGAUGGAUUUCUCAGUAAUGGAACUGGACGAAGCUCUCCGGAAGUUCCAGGCUCACAUCCGGGUCCAAGGAGAAGCCCAGAAAGUAGAGCGGCUGAUUGAAGCUUUCAGCCAGCGGUACUGUAUCUGCAAUCCUGGGGUGGUGAGACAGUUUAGAAAUCCAGACACGAUCUUCAUCCUGGCCUUUGCAAUCAUACUUCUAAACACGGACAUGUACAGCCCCAAUGUGAAGCCAGAACGCAAAAUGAAACUGGAGGACUUUGUUAAGAAUUUACGGGGGGUGGAUGACGGGGAAGAUAUCCCACGGGAAAUGCUGGUCGGGAUCUAUGAGAGGAUCCGCAAGCGGGAGCUGAAGACCAAUGAAGACCAUGUGUCCCAGGUUCAGAAGGUCGAAAAGCUGAUUGUGGGCAAAAAACCUAUUGGAUCUCUGCAUCAUGGACUUGGUUGUGUACUUUCUUUGCCCCAUCGAAGGCUGGUUUGUUACUGCAGACUGUUUGAAGUCCCGGACCACAACAAGCCUCAGAAACUGGGACUGCACCAGAGAGAGAUCUUCCUAUUCAAUGACCUUCUUGUGGUCACAAAAAUUUUCCAGAAGAAGAAAAUCUCCGUGACGUACAGCUUCAGGCAGUCAUUUUCACUGAAUGGGAUGCAGAUUCUCCUCUUUGAAAACCAGUAUUAUCCGAAUGGAGUAAGGCUUACAUCAGCUAUCCCAGGUGCAGACAUCAAAGUCCUCAUAAACUUCAAUGCACCCAACCCCCAGGAUCGGAAGAAAUUUACAGAUGAUCUCAGGGAAUCCAUCGCAGAGGUCCAGGAAAUGGAGAAGUACAGGAUAGAAUCUGAGCUGGAGAAGCAGAAAGGAGUAAUGCGUCCAAGCAUGGCUCAGAGCUCAGGGCUGAAGAAAGAUGCAGGCAACGGUACCAUGAACCGGCCCAGCCUGGACGACAGCUACGCCACUGGGGAGGGGCUGAAGAGGAGCGCCCUGAGCAGCUCCCUCCGAGACCUCUCCGACGCAGGCAAGCGUGGGCGUCGCAGCAGUGCAGGAUCACUAGACAGCAAUAUCGAAGGGUCCAUCAUUAGCAGUCCUCACAUGCGCCGGAGAGCCACCUCGACCCGCGACUGCCCUUCUCGCCCACACCAGACUGUCCCUAAUUCCUCCUCGCUCCUGGGAACACUUUUUGGCAGUAAGCGGGGGAAGCCGUCCUCCCAGGGCCACCCGGUCUCUGGCCCCCCUCCUCUUCCUCCUCUACAGUCUCAGCACCCUCCUCUGCUCCCCCACCCCUCCAGCCUGCACCACACCGGGUCUGUAGAGACACAAACACAGGCACAGAUGCACACACACCACUCGCAGUACUGUCCCGUCCAGCAGAACCCACCUCCCUACCACCACCACCACCACUACCACCCACCACAGCAUGCCCAGCACCCCCCACACCAAUACCACCAGCACCCCCCCUACGUGAUGCACUCUCACACGCCUCACUCCCAGCAUGCACCACACCACCACGGCCAGCAGCAGCCUCCCCCUCCCCAGCCCUCGAGCAGCAGCAGCAGCAGCAAACCCAAACACAGCGGCAUUAGCACCAUUGUCUAAAAUGCUAAUAAAAAUGAAGGAAGAAAGACACACGCCUUGUGUGACAAUAACAGACAGGACCACUCGCUGGUUGCAGUCAUGAAGGCACUUAAUUCCAGGUAGCAUUAUUUCAAGCUGCUGUGGACAGGGAGCAAGAAAAAAAAGGCACUUGAUUCACUACUUCUGUUUACUUGAGAGCCUUUGGUGUUCAAGAAGAGGAAUUUAGAAGAAUGUUUUCAUUCUCCAUGCUUACCAAUCAUUUAAGAGCCUCUAGACUACAAAAAUAAUGUUUGUGCUUGCUGUCUCACUCAGUUGCUAUAACAUUUGGCAAAGAAAUGUCUGUCUUCACAAUACCAAGGAGAAAGGAGAAAAAGGAGAGAAGUGCAUCAUGGUUACAGCUUCUGACUCCUUAGCAAUGCGUGUGCAGAAGCAAAGUUUUAUUCUCAACGAAAUGGCAAUAUGAAAGUUGCACACUGUAAAUGAAUUGUACCUAAUUCAAGAACAGCGUAUACAUCAUUUAAGAAUUAACAGACCCAAGAGCUUGGAAAGAAAAAUAUAUUAAAGUACAUACAGUAGAUGUUCCAAUAUUUACUCUGUAGCCCACAGUACACCGUGAGGUCUUUUAGCAAUCAUAAAUAAAUGUGCCAAUUAUUAAAGCAUUUACUAUUUUCGUCGAAUAACAAAGCUUUGUGUAUAUUGUGCAUAUUUUAUAAAAAAAAUAUAUACUAAUAAUAAUAAUAACAAUAAUAAAUCAAUUUUAAAAAGUCUGAGGCAUCAUAUGAAAAAUAGCAGGAAUAUAACCACCCUAUUGUAGCAGAUUUAGUUCACUCAUUUAAAAAGAAGCUUAUAAAAUAGCAGGCAAUUAAACAAGAUGGUACAUCUCUGGUUGUCUUGUUGCAUCACAUAGAACUUCUGAAUAUUUGAGAUAUUGCAGUUGCAGCAUAACCCACUCACCAGGUGUCUGUAUAUAAAAUACUGAGUAACAAAAUGGACUUCCCAGCUGAGUCUUCAAAUGUCAAGCACUGAUGGGAGAUCACAGCUGCUUGUACACCAUUAUUUUAUUUUUUUAACUAUUUUUUUUAAAUACUGUACAUUGUUUUAUUAGGUUUACCAAUGGUUUGAUCUUGAUGUGAUUUCGUUAAAAAAAAAAAUGGUCUUGCCUGUGCGAUUUGAAGGAGAUACUUUGCAAUCAGGUUAUAGCAGGAAAACAUUCAGAUCUAUUUCUUCCACUUCUCUGCUCCUCACAGAAAUAUCAUUGUACUCAGCAGGCUGAGUCUGCCCUGAUUACCUCACAAUGCACUCUUAGAUUUGAAGUAGUAAUUCGGUGGUGUAUGAAUUUAUAUGCCAUGCAUUGCUAGCAUGUUGCAAUCACAUCACAUUUAUUUUUCAAUACAAGGUGAGGGAGGAAGGGAAUAUUUGAAUCUAUUGCCAAGAAACUAAUACUGAAUCUUGGAGAAUUAGUAUUCAGCUUGUGAAUUAGGUGGAUAUAGCUUAGUUGUUUUUUUUUUUAAACCUCUAAUUUUCUACACUAAAACUGAGUUGGAGUGAUUCUCUGAAGUUUCUUUUACUUUUUGAUUUUCGGGGACAGCUUCUUUUAAGAGGUGUGAGUGAGUGCGUGUGUGCGAGAGAGAUAGAAAGGGGCUGAGAUAAUGAACUCUCAUCAGGUCUGACGCAUUCCAAAAAAAAAAAAAAAACACAUUUUUAACUUCUAUUUUCCCACAAUGCUUCAGUCAACUUCCAAGUAACUCAACUCAGCACUCUGUCAGUCUCCAUUGAACGCAAAUACUAACAAUCUAGAGUUUAGCCUUUUGUCCUUUUUUUUGUAUGUGCAAUGUUUUUUUCCAUCAUAAUACAACAAAAUGGAGAAGAAACAAGCUCCUUUAUUUGAUAUGUUGAUUUUUUUUUUCUGUAUAUCCUGAAUCAUAAUGUCCUACCCCACAGGGUGCUACAGUGGACUGUUAGGCUCUCUGUCCUUUGCAAUGAUAAGGAAUGUGUGAUAAAAAAGAAAAGUGCAUGUCAUGUUAAUAUUAUGAGGCUACUCUACAUAUUGUAUUUUUGCAGAAUAUAUCAGUGUUACUGUUGACUAUAGUUGAAGUUAAGUGAUAAGAACAUAUUAAAAUAUGUUGCCUUUUCUUCUUACCUCUUUACCAUUAGUAGAGUCUGUUCUGUAGUUUGCUCCUGGAGAUAUCAGAUGAGAGGGCUAGAUGUUGUACUAAUGAAAAUGUUUAUUUUAUAAAACGGCAGAAGGAAGCAAAUGCAUAACACAAAUUGUUGAAAUAUUUGAGUGGCAAAGAGUGGUGCAUAUUUCAUGCUGAACCGUUUAUGUAGUGAGAUAAAACUUAAGUGUUUCAGAUCAUCAAACAACAGAAAAAACUUUUUCAUGUUAAAUUCCAAAAAUGGUAAAUGGUGCCUAAAAAUGAUUUUCUAAAACAAAACACAUAGAGCAUGGCAGUUAGUGUAAUAGGACCUACCUAAAUGGUGUAAGUGUUGUGGCAGUUGGUUAUACAGCUUCCUGUUGCUUGUAUGGUAUUAACCAGUCAAGUGAAUAAAUGCAAUAAAACAUUAAAACAAAAACAGGUUUUGAACAGAUCAUGCAUUUAACAACAGUUCAUCCUAGAACAAAACAUCUGAAAACAACACCAGCCUUCUCACCUGAUUUUUUCUCUUGGGAAAGCAGUAAUUAAUUAUCUGUUAAGAAUGAAUUGUAUGGCAAUGUAAAAAUGAAAAAAAAAAAAAAACGUAAAAGUUCACCUAAAUAUAACGUACAUGUAUUGUAUUGCUUCAGAUAUGUGUGCAGCCAUUCAGUGUGGAAAAUGUUUUUUCCCCCCAUAAUGCACUGCAUGCCGCAGCAGCCUCUUGUUACUUGUUAAUAUCAAGCUGAUGGAAACUCAGCUAAUGUAUUUUCAUUUGUGUUUUGUUUUAUUUUAUUUUUUUAAGUGCAACUCUUGAUGUUGACUUGCUGUUCCAUAUUAUGCUGUAUGUAUCUACAGUCCAGCAUGCAUUUCACAAUGUAACCGUCGUAAAAUUAAAAAAAAAAAACACUUAUUCUUCCUGCAAACUGAGGAGUGACUGUGUACAUAAAAUUCCAAGAGCCUAGAAAAAAUACCAUUUCUCAAGGCAACAAGGAAGAGGAGGGAGAGGGGUGGUAAUGUUGGGAGGUGGGACCAAUGGAAAAGGCAACUCUGAAAAUAAACUGUACAUAGUGUGUAUAUUAGUAUUCCAGCACAAUGUCUGCAGUCACACUGAGGUUUCAUUCCUAUCUCCUCCCUAGAAAAAAAAAAAUCUUGUUAGCAUUUAGCUUGCCUCCGCUGUAAUCUGUAUUAAACUCUUCUAGGAUUUAGGUCUUGAACACAGACCUGUUAAAAAACUACCACUGCUUUUCAUGCUCGUCAUGGGGCGCUCCUAAAGACUUGAGACUCAUUUUGUAAGUACAGGGGAUGAGAGGAGUGCUUUCAUUUUAAUAUGCAUUCUGUUUGUAAGUAGUUAUAAGACCCUAUCGAUGUAAAACUAUAACUGUGAUAAUGUCGAGAACGCAAAAAAUAAACAAAGUAAGACUC